AACCAUGGUCGUCCUUCCGUCUUCAAUCCAUCACCAAUCAUCUCUACCAAACGCAAUGACAAACACACCUCCAUUGACCAACAUCCUUCUCUUUUGUCAACUCAAACUCAUACAACUUUUGGUCAAAAUUCCUUCGCCAUUUCAAGAUUUAUCCCCAUCUGGGUGGGUCCUAAAACUUGACCAAUUUGAACCUAAAAAACAAAACAGGGUGAUUGCUAUUUGAUUCCCAAACUGAUUCAUCGUUUUUAUCUGAGCAAAAAGGAGUCAUGAAUUCGACUACGAGAAAAUGAAUGGUGAGAAGAGGGUGGUGAUUGCCUCUUGGGUUGGAUGCUUGAUCAUCAUUCUUGUUUUUGUGGGUUACUUGCCACGUUGUGUUUGGUGUCAAGAUGACGCCGAUGAUGAUGCUCCUCGGAACAACAAAAGACCUAGGAUUUCACCAUUGUUUUCGAAUCUUAUUUCGCAGAGAUUUAACAAGUCGAUUAGGAUAUAUAAGGCUUCAAUUCAAAGAACCCUACAUUAUUGCACUGAAGAUGUGGAAAAAGAUAUCAAUGGAGCUUUCAACUUCAAAGGGAAGGACGAAUUUUUCAGAAAUUGUCAAGUGAAGUUCAUAGAUCUCUCGAAUAGAUUAUGUACCGCAGCAGAACUUAGAGCAUACUUCACAAGUUUUAUAAAGAAAGUUGAUGAUGACACAAAAAGCAUUUCACAAGCUCAUUUCUUAGAACCGAAUAGAAACUGUAAUCUGACCUCCUGGACUGGCGGAUGUGAGGCGGGAUGGGCUAGUGCUGUCAAUCCAGAUCAGAAAUAUGAGUUCAAUGAGACAAAUCCACGUAAAAUGCCUUUCAGAACAACUGAUAGUCAACCAUGUUGUGAGGGGUUUUUCUGUCCUCAAGGUCUCACUUGCAUGAUACCAUGCCCGUUAGGUGCAUACUGCCCAGUUGCAAAGCUGAACCGACAAUCUGGAUUUUGCGAUCCAUAUCACUACCAACAACCUGCAGGCAAGCCAAAUCAUACUUGUGGUGCAGCCGAUAUGUGGGGUCCUGUACAGAUGGGUAGCGAUAUAUUCUGUCAGCCAGGAUAUUAUUGUCCAACAACCGUUGACAAAAUCGAAUGCCCAAAAGGACGCUUUUGCAGGAUGGGAUCUGUGAAGAGCAAGCCUUGCUUUGCUGGAUCUAGGUGCGAGAAGGGAACAGAUAUUCCAAGCAUGAAGGUUUUUGGGAUCAUGCUCAUUGGUUUGUUGACGGCUAUACUAAUUGUCGUGUAUAAUUGCUCAGACCAACUCAUGUCAACUCGGUAUGAAAGACAGGCAAAAUCCCGGGAAGCAGCAGCAAGGCAUGUACGAGAGACAGCACAAGCAAGAGAAAGAUGGCAGGCUGCUAGAAAUAUGGCCAAGAAACCUACAGGCUUGCAAGGGUUGCAACAACAUCUUUCACAAACAUUUUCAAGAAAGGCUAGUGCAAGACACGAUCUAAAAUCGAAAAUACCCAAUCCAUUUUCAACAGGAAGUAGAAGGGAAUCAGACAAACUCACCGAAAUGUUGCAAUCGAUGGAUGAUAGCUCGAGCAACAACGAAGACUUAAAUUUGGAAAUUGGAGAUAAGAAUCUGAAGAAGAAAAAGAUUAAAACUAAAAAAGAUCUUCAGACCAAGAGCCAAAUAUUUAAGUAUGCGUAUGGUCAAAUAGAGAAAGAGAAAGCAAUGCAGGAGAAGAAUAAAAACAUAACCUUUUCUGGAUUACUGUCGUUGGCCAAACGCAGUGGUGAAGAUAUCAGGAAAAGACCGAAGAUUGAGAUUGCUUUCAAGGAGCUAACUCUAACCCUCAAAGGGAAACAGAAAUGUAUUAUGAGGUCUGUUAGUGGGAAAAUUAUGCCCGGUAGAAUAUCCGCUGUUAUGGGUCCUUCAGGAGCCGGAAAAACUACUUUCCUCUCUGCUCUCACCGGAAAGAUAACCGGUUGUACUAUGUCGGGAAUGAUUCUGAUCAAUGGAAAGAACGAGUCUAUUCAUUCUUACAAGAAAAUUGUUGGUUUUGUACCUCAAGAUGACAUAGUUCAUGGAGAUUUGACCGUUGAAGAAAACCUCCGGUUCAGUGCACGCUGUAGACUAUCUGCUGACUUGCCAAAACAAGACAAAGUUCUUAUUAUUGAAAGAGUUAUCGAGGCAUUGGGGCUGCAGGGAGUAAGAGAUGCCAAGGUUGGAACGGUCGAAAAGCGAGGAAUUUCUGGAGGCCAGAAGAAAAGGGUAAAUGUUGGACUGGAAAUGGUCAUGGAACCUUCACUGUUGAUCUUGGAUGAGCCCACUUCUGGUCUCGACAGUUCAUCUUCCAGUUUGCUUCUCAGAGCUCUUCGGCGUGAAGCUCUUGAAGGAGUUAACGUCAGCAUGGUCGUUCACCAACCGAGCUACACAUUGUACAAGAUGUUUGAUGACUUGAUACUUCUGGCCAAAGGCGGUCUUACGGUCUACCAUGGACCUGUGAAGAAGGUCGAAGAAUACUUUGCAGGUUUAGGAAUUACUAUACCAGAUCGUGUAAAUACACCAGACUACUUGAUCGAUGUUCUCGAGGGUAUAACAAAGCCAGAAGGAGAUGUGACUGCUCAGCAACUGCCUGUAAAAUGGAUGCUCCAUAAUGGGUACAGAGUACCUCCAGAUAUGUUGCACCUCUGCGAUCAAAGUGGAAAUUCUUCCCCUCCAAGUGCCAGUGAAUCCAAAAACAAAUCGUACAAUGGUGAAAUUCAACGAGAUGUUCCAACGUACAAUUUCUUCACAACUCCAGACUUAUCCGGCCGAGUAACUCCUGGAGUUUUUACGCAGUACAAAUAUUACCUUGAAAGGGUUUUGAGGCAGCGAACACGGGAUGGUAGAGUACAAGCUGCAGAUUACCUGAUUCUUUUGCUUGCUGGAGCAUGCUUAGGAACUAUGGCUAAAGUGACUGAUGACACAUUUGGAGCUACUGGUUAUCAAUACACCGUCAUUGCUGUAUCACUGUUAUGCAUGAUUGGAGCUUUGAGAACAUUUUCGCUGGAUAAAUUACAGUACAAGAGGGAGAGCUCUAGUGGCAUGAAGAGUCUAUCUUAUUUUCUAUCGAAAGAUACAAUGGACCAUAUAAACACAUUCAUGAAGCCUCUAGUUUAUCUUUGCUUGUUCUAUUUCUUCAACUAUCCAAGAUCAAGCUUUGGAUCCAAUUAUAUAGUUUUGGUUUGCCUCGUUUAUUGUGUGACUGGCAUAGCCUAUACACUUGCCAUCUCCCUCGAGUUUAGUCAAGCCCAAUUGUGGUCCGUGCUUCUUCCUGUCGUUCUGACCCUCAUUGCAAAUCAGAACAAUAAGUCUGCUGCUUCAGUUAUAACACCAUUUGUCUUCCCUAAGUGGGCAUUGGAAGCUUUCAUUAUUGCAAAUGCAAAAGAGUACAAUGGUGUUUGGCUGAUGACUCGCUGUGCUGCGUUGAAGCAUUAUGAUUAUGAUAUUCAUAACUCGAACAGAUGUCUUUGGUUACUUGUGGCCACUGGAGUAGGUACCCGUAUUAUAGCUUUCAUUUGCUUGCUCACUAGGCAGAGAUAAUAGUAUAAAUCUUUUAGCAGCGUUCGCUAGUUUUUUUUUUUUUUUUUCAAGUUAACUAGAUAUGAAGCCCAAGAUCCAAUCUUUUGUAUAUUCUUUCUUGUCAGAAUUUCUGGAUAGAUGCUAAAGAGGUCUCAAAUGAAUUGUAUCACACUAGCUCAUAUUGAAUCAUACAAUUUGAAUGAAUAGCGUGAUUGAAAUGA